CGCACGCGGCCGGAAGCGGCGGCGGCGAUGGCGGCGGCGGCGGCGCGGCGUGGGUCCUUCUCGGGCUCCGGCUCGGACUCGGAGGAUUCCUCGCUCUCGGACUCGGAGCUCCAGGAGGCCUUCGCGAAGGGCGCGCUGAAGCCGGGGCUGAACGUGGUGCUGGAGGAGCGGCCGAAGCGGCGCAAUGACACGGACGGCCUGAGGCAGUGCCUGGCCGAAUUCAGGCAGCAGCUGGCCUGGGUGGAAAGGCUGGACGUGACUCUGGGCCCGGUCGCGGACCCCGUUUCUCAGAGUGCUUCUGCGUCUGAUGCCGUUGACCCUGAGAAUGAUUUCCAGAGAGAGAUGAUGUGCUACAGGUUGCUGCAGGCUGCUACGCUGGCUGUNCUCCCCAGGCUGCAUAAGCUGCAAGUUCCCACGAGGAGGCCGGAUGAUUACUUUGCAGAGAUGGCCAAAUCAGACCAACAGAUGCAGAAGAUUCGACAGAAACUUAAGAGUAAACAAGAAGCAAUGGAAAGAUCUGAGAAAGCAAAACAACUCCGUGCAAUGAGAAAAUAUGGCAAGAAGGUGCAAGUUGAGGUUCUGCAGAGGAGACAAAAGGAGAAGAAAAAUAUGUUGAAUGCAGUCAAGAAAUACCAGAAAGGUCUCUCUGACAAGCUGGACUUUCUAGAUGAAGAGCAGACGUCAUCUCAAGGGAAUAAAAAAGGCAAUGCAAGUCAACGGACAAAGAAGGGACCAAAUGCCAAAAGACGAUACAAAAACCAAAAGUUUGGUUUUGGUGGGAAGAAGAAGGGCUCAAAGUGGAACACAAAGGAGAGUUUUAAUGAUGUAUCCAGCUUCCAGUCAAAAGUGGCUCACAACAAAGGCCCAGGAAAAGGAGGAAGAGGAGGAAAAGGAGGGAAAAAAGCCCUUAAUAAGAGACCUGGAAAGAGAGCAAGGCAGAAAAUGAAGAACCGAGCCCGCUAAGAGAACUGUGCUCCCCAGUGGGGUUCCUGUGUUUCUUUGUGUUGCAAGAUGUGUUUCUGCUGUCAUCAAGCAGUACACUGUGGAGUGAGCUGGAUGCUUUGCAGUGGCAAGGAAAAAAAGUCAGUGGAAACCAGUGCCUUAUCACUAAUUUUUUUUUACUGUCUGUUUUGUUGAAGGAUUUUUUUCUACUUAAAGCUUUGGUGUGUGAACGCAUUAAUUGAUUUGCACAGAACUAUGUGUAACUCAUGCUUAACUGUUCAAUGAAUGGUGGCUGAAGCCUGCCCUUUUUACCCUUCAUUCUGACAGAUUUUUCCACCACUACUCUUAAGAGGAAGGUUGGUGACCUUCAGUUCUGGUUCGUGUUGCCAAUGUCUGAAGCUUUUUGAGAUGUUAGAGUGUUUUUUUAGACUAUUUGUGUAGAUGGGUAUAGGAACAGCAGUGAGAUGAAUACAGAGCCUUACAGAUAGGUUUAUUUGUGUCACUGUUGUCAGGUUGUAUAUCUUGACAGAUUAAAGUUCUCUUUUCUAUUGCCUGUCACUAGAAAUCUGCCAGGUUUGCUAGAUAACGAGCAGGACCUAACACAUUAGAUGUCAUUAACAUUCAUCUGUGGCCUUCCCCUGUGCUAGUCUUUAGUCUUCUCUCCCCGUGGUGCAGGGUAGCCGUGGAUGGUAAUCUCAGUUGUCUGGCGUGGGAAGUAGAAUCUGGUAUCAUUGCGGUCGAAAGGAACCUGGGAAACAAAAAUGACAAACAGUCAUGAGCUUUUGCUAAAACCAGUAGUAGUAGUUCCUCCUGGGGGGAGUGACGCAUGAUAUUCCACUGCUGAGAAAUGUCCAAAUGGCAGAAGAGAAGGGUACCACUGUACUGUUCACUGCUUUGUCAUGGUCAAGCCUGACAAAUAAGGAAAACCUAACAAAUUAAACAAUAUCAUCAGUUCUGACUCUAAAAAUCAGACUUGCUUCCCUACACACAUGUUUUGUUGCCUCAACCCUGCCAGACUAAUCCUACCAGCAGUUCCUUAAUACCUUAGAGCCCAGCUGGGAUGUCUGUCUCUACUCUUGUCAUGAGUAACUAGUUUACUUGAUAUAUAAUAUGAAACGUCAAUGAAAAUUGUCUUAUUUUCUUAUUUAUCUUAGUUCUCUUUAUAACAGGCCAAAAUUUGCCUUUCCCAAAACAUUAAUCUGCAAAGUCAGUCAUCAGUACAGCUGUUAGCCAGAUAUGAUUGAUUUCUCAACUUGUUAAUCAUAUUUCUUUUCCUUCUGUUUAUUCACACUUCCCCAGACAAAUCCUCACUGGUGUAUCUGCUUUGGGUAUACUUACAUGAUUAUUAAUUUUAUGGUUCUGCUUGCAAUUUGUUUGAAAGAUGCUGUGCAGCAGGACAUUUCUUUUCACAAUACUUCUGUACGUCACUUCCCAUUGCUCACUACACCAUUUCUCAUGGCUGAACACUUUAAUAAACAGCCCUGAGUACAACUGUGGCAUUUGGCAGUGUGCUCUCACUGUCACUGUAGUUGUUUUGCAGUCAGGUUUCUCAGGGGAAGUGUACUGCUUCUCUUUUUACAAGUCUCCGCCAGUGUGAAGAGUCCUCUUAGGUGUAAAUUUUGUCAACUUGUUUUCUGUGAACAGCUCUGUUCACUCCCUGUAAUUCUUGUUUUCCUUGUUUGUCACAAAUUGUUUUCCUGCAUGAGUAUUUUUCAGUGUGGCAGGCCUAAUAUCUCUGAAUCCUGUAAAGGGCUGAGUCUUUAAGUAUCCUACUCACCAAAGGUGUUGUAUGCCAGCCAAUUUCUUGGCUUUCAGUUUGUGGCUCUGAGUAUUUCUUUCUUGGCACUUCUGCUGCACGGUGAAGAAGAUUCAGGAAUUCAUCUGUCGUUUUAAGAGACACAAAUACAAAUGAAAGUGUGUUUAAAAAUUAGUCACCUGUGGGCAUGUGUUAGAAUGGGACAUCUUAACACUAUCCAAGCAACAACAAGAACAGCAAGGGUAGAGGCAGCCUCUGUGCCUCUGUGAAUGAUACUGUCAGAAUGUACGGUGACAUUCCUACUCAAAUAUUUCCUGAGGAAGUUUCAAGAUUUGCCUGACAGUACUGUCCUGUUAAUUCUGGUAUCCCUGUCAUUGUACUGCAGCAUCUUACUUUUCCUACACCACAUCUAGUACGAACCAGUGCUCCAUGACAGCUCUCAACUUUGUCAGUUGCCUGAGACCUACAGCCUUUCCCUGGUCUGGUUUGCCACCCUCCCCAGUCUUGAAUAGAGCAGGCCAACCUUCCCGGACCCAUUAAAGUUUUUUAGACAAAAUUAGCAUGUUAGAAAUAAGGGAGCAGCUGCUAUAAGGGCUCUUGUUACCAGUGUUCUAAAGUAAGACUGGGCAGUCAUUUCAGCAGUUUAACCUGUGUGGUGGUUGGGUAGAAUCUGCAAUGGCAGGCAACAUGUACAUACAGAACAUACUCCUAGGUAUUUUUGUUUUCCCGAGAGGUUUAGAUUCUCAACUAAAAGUUUAUAGUAUGAAUAUAAGGAAUUGUAUAUAUUUUAUAGGUGAUAUAUAUUUUAAUUAAAAACAAAAAUGAGAGCAUAAUUGCAUGGGUGCAAACUUGUGCUGAAAAUGGAAAGUAAUGGGAAAGGGCCUUAAAGUGGAAAAAAGCUGCUUUACAAACAAAAAUCAUAAAUGAGUUUAACUUACUUAUAUGGUCACAGAGGUGUUUCCACAUACAUGAUAUUUGAGACUGAUAAUUAUUAAAUCUUAUGUGUUAAUAA